AACCAGCUGACAUUCUAAGUAGCAAUUCAGACUAAAUUGGCCUUAAAAAGUUAAUAUUUUUAAAACUUCAUCAUCAAAAUGCCUGUGUUAACUGUAGAAAACUCAGAGGACUAUCAGAAAUACAUUAGCGCUGAUAAAACAACUGUUGCCCUGUUCGCUGCCGACUGGGCCGAACAAUGUGCUCAAGUUACCGAUGUACUCAAAGAGCUGGACAGCAUUUUGGGCGAUAAGUUGCAAUUCAUUACGCUAAAUGCUGAAAAAUACCCUGAUAUAUCAAUGAAACAUCAGAUCGAGGCAGUGCCGACAGUAAUAUUCUUCAACAAGGGCUCGGCUGUGGAUCGCGUGGAUGGUGUGGAUGUUGCUGCCAUCACCAGCAAGUCCAAGAAGCUCGCCGAAAGUGCAAGCAGCGCUGCGGCAACUGGACAAACCUUGAAAGAUCGUUUGACAGCGCUAAUCAAUAAGGCGCCGCUGAUGAUAUUCAUGAAGGGCGAUCGAAACGCUCCACGCUGUGGCUUCUCCAAACAGCUUAUUGCUAUCAUUAACGAAACAAAUUUGCCGUAUGAAACUUUUGACAUUCUUUCUGAUGAAGAGGUUCGUCAGGGACUGAAGACUUUCUCAGACUGGCCAACAUAUCCUCAAGUUUAUGUAAAAGGCGAACUUAUUGGGGGCUUGGAUAUUAUCAAGGAGCUGCUAGCGAACAACGAACUGGAAGCGUCGCUAAAGGGCUAAACAUUUCAAGUCAUCCAUCCUCUAAUUAGUCAAAUGAAAUCUGGAACAACCAAUGCUUCUCACAAAUUUACAAUGUCCAAAAACUUUUAUAU